UCCCCUCAACCAGUACAACUUAUUUUAACUUUUUCACACAGGAGUGGAAAACUAUUGGGACAGGAAAGGCCGUUGUGUGCGCUAGAGCAAAAAUUUAACUUUUUCGACAAACGAGGCCUUUUGGGGGUAAAAGUAGUCCUGGCGGGGGGUUAUGACCCCGGACGUCAGCAUCCGGCGCGCAGUUCAGUUUGGCGGUUUCGGGUCUACAGUUAAACUAACCAAGGGCGUGAUGUGGCCGCGAAUGAACCGAGCUGCUGAGGAGUUCUACGCUCGUCUCCUGCAGGAAUUUAACGAAGAAAAGAAAGGAAUCUGUAAAGACCCAUUUAUCUAUGAGGUUGAUGUCCAAGUGCAGUUGAUCAGCAAAGGGCAACCAAACCCUUUGAAAGAUAUUCUAAAUGAAAAUGACAGAGUGUUCAUCGUGGAAAAAGUGCCUUUAGAAAAGGAAGAAGCAAGUCACGCUGAAGAACUACAGUCUGAAGAAACUGCUAUUUCUGAUUUCUCUACUGGUGAAAAUGUAGGACCACUUGCUUUACCAGUUGGGAGAGCCAGACAGUUAAUUGGACUUUAUACCAUGGCGCACAAUCCUAAUAUGACCCAUUUGAAGAUGAAUCCGCCAGUCACUGCCCUUCCUCCCCUUUGGAUAAGAUGUGACAGUUCAGAUCCUGAAGGUACCUGUUGGCUGGGAGCUGAGCUUCUCACAACCAAUAACAGCGUUACAGGAGUUGUCUUGUAUGUGGUCAGCUGUAAAGCUGAUAAAAAUUAUUCUGUCAAUCUUGAAGACCUAAAAAAUUCACACAAGAAAAGACAUCACUUGUCUACUGUGACAGCCAGGGGCUUUGCACAGUAUGAGCUCUUCAAGUCCACUGCCUUGGAUGACACAGUUGCCACAUCCCAAACUACCAUCACGUUGGACAUUUCCUGGAGUCCUGUGGACGAGAUUCUCCAGAUUCCUCCACUUUCUUCAACGGCAGCUCUGAACAUCAAGGUGGAAUCUGGAGAGCCCAGAGGUCCUCUGAAUCAUCUUCACAGAGAACUGAAAUUCCUCCUUGUUUUGGCUGAUGGUUUAAGGACUGGUGUAACUGAAUGGCCUGAGCCCCUGGAAACAAAAUCUGCUGUUGAACUUGUGCAGGAAUUUCUGAAUGACCUAAAUAAGCUGGAUGAACUUGGUGAUUCUACAAAAAAAGACACAGAGACAGUGAAGCACGACUCCGCAGCGGUUGAUCGGUCCAUGGAGUGUCUUCUCACAGUGCGGGGUGACCUGGAUUUUGCUGAGCAGCUGUGGUGUAAAAUGAGCAGUAGUGUGGUUUCAUAUCAAGACCUGGUGAAGUGUUUCACAUUGAUCAUCCAGAGCCUCCAGCGCGGUGACAUACAGCCAUGGCUUCAUAGUGGGAGUAACAGCUUGCUAAGUAAGCUCAUUCAUCAGUCUUACCAUGGGCCCAUGGACGUGGUUCCUCUCAGUGGGACUGUUCCAGUUCAGAUGGUUUUGGAAAUUGGUUUGGAUAAACUGAAGAAAGACUACAUCAGUUUUUUCAUAGGUCAGGAACUUGCAUCUUUGAAUCAUUUGGAAUAUUUCAUUUCUCCAUCAGUAGAUAUACAAGAACAAGUUUAUCGCGUCCAAAAACUCCACCACAUUCUUGCAAUAGUAGUCAGUUGCAGGCUUUUCAUCAAACCUCAACACGAGCUCCUCUUUUCCUUAACGCAAUCCUGCAUAAAAUAUUAUAAACAAAAUCCUCUUGAUGAGCAACACGUUUUUCAGCUGCCAGUCAGACCAACUGCUGUAAAAAACUUAUAUCAAAGUGAGAAGCCACAGAAAUGGAGAGUGGAGAUAAAUAGCGGUCAGAAGAAGGUGAAAACCGUUUGGCAACUGAGUGACAGCCCACCUGUAGACCAUCUCAGUUUUCACAAACCUGAUUUUUCUGAGUUAACAUUGAACAGUAGCCUGGAAGAAAGAAUAUUCUUUACUAACAUGGUCACCUGCAGCCAGGUGCAUUUCAAGUGAUAUGUGCUGCUGGGGUCCACUCUAAGCACAAGCCCUCCUCCCCCGCCAAAAAAAAAAAAAGAGGAAAAAAAAAAGGUAAUUAUCACAGAACCUGAAAACAGAGAUGCAUGUAAAGCUUCAGAGCAGAGAAAGGAGCAAGAGCCUGAAGGUGCCCUGUGAAGGAUGCAGCCGCCGGACGGGAGAGCCUGUCUCAGCUCAGGCUCCGCAGCAGGAGCAUCAGGAGAACCGCAGCGAUCAGAAUGCAGAGGGUGCAGACCGUGGGGACCACGAUCUCCGUCACGAUCUGCAUGUAACUCAGCAGGGGCUCUGCGGAGGGGAGAGAACGGCAUGGCGGAUGAGAACGCGGCCAGCAUGGCUUCCUCCUGAAAGCUUCCCCUGUCUGGGAAAGCUCGGAAAGGGGCAUCGUCAUAUUUUCUAAUUAUUCUUAUUUGCCAUCAGAGAACCUGGUGAAUUAAGUGGAUAAAGGAUACUUAAAUUGGAUUCCUCCAUAGGUACAGAAAUUAAAGUCUGCAUGUGUGUUAAUGCUUGUGCUUACUCAGAAUAUUAGCAUCCAUGUUCCACAGUUCCUGUAACUCUCACUGCGGGGACUGAUGAAAGAAAAUUCCUUGGGAAACACCUGCAGCCUUUCAAAGAUGUUAGUGAGCAUCUUAAGAGGUACAGGGAUUUCUAUGUUGACAUUUUUUAUGGUAAGUCUUAACAUAGCUAAAUAAUCUUUAAGAGUUAUAAGCAUAUUUUGUGGACAUUUAUGUAAUACCUGCUUUUAUUUUAUUUUUUAAAUACUACGUAAAUUUUAAUCAUGCACAUACAAUGCAAAAAUAUUUCCCUUUAAUAAGCAUUGUGAAUAUCUUACUUAACGGGAAGUAACGAAAAUGUUUAACAGCGCAGCAGAUAAAUUUUUCGCAUUUAUUUUUUAGAUCAUAUACUUCUUCAAAACCUUCACAUAUUCUUGACGUGCUUUCAAAACCAGAUCUUGACUUAGACUUGACUCGUCCGUAGAUCCAAGAGAAAGUCUGUAGGACUCAGAGUGGAGUUCAGUAGUAGCUUCUUUUACAUCUCAGCUAUAUUAUUUUCCAGCUUCUGCAUCCUGAACAAGUAGUCGCCCGUGCUAGCUGAAGGGUCGGAGAAAAUCCUUUUGGGCUCUAAGCUAUUAUUAAAAUUUUCAGCGGAAGGUGGCCCGUCAACAGGCCUUGUAGGAACAGUGCUGAUGGGAAAGAACUCUUGUGCUGUUUCUCCAUCUGAAGUUCAGUGUUCAUCUCUGCCAGCCUCUUGUUAGCCGAGUUUUGCUGACUUGCCAAUUGCGUUCUGUUUUCUAGCUCUUCCAGGUGCAGUUGUCUGUAUUUUUCUAAUUCUUUUUUGUUAGAAUUGAACUGCAGAGGUUUACUUCUGGGGAGUUCAGAUUCCAGAUAUUUAAUUUUGUGUUCCAUUUGACUUCCUGUUGAAGCAUUUUUAUUCUCUCUCAAGUUUUCUUGAGAUGGUGCUUGUACCUGUAAAAACUGGCUGAUUCCUUUCCAUUUUUCUACUACGUCCUGUCUUGCUCGCUCUUCAGUCUCCCGUUUGUUCUGCUGCACUUGACUGCGUUCCACGGUAUUCAUUUCUAGGUGACAUUUGAGGUUCACUACUUCUUCCAACUUCUUUUUCUCCUCCUCUAGUUUUUCACAUUUGUUUUGCAUCUCUUGCAUAGACAAUAACUCCUUUAGAAGAAGUUGAGUUUCUGCAUUCAGAUGGAAAAAUACUGAAGAUGUAGAUUCCAGUUUUGCUAUAAGAUCAGCAUUUUCAUUUGCAGUUUGAUGUAAUUUCCUCUCUAAAUCCUGUGUCUCAUUUUCUAAAGGAGUCUGAUGAUGCGCUGUCACCUCCAGGGAGGCCUUCGACAUGGGCUGUUUCUUUCGGGUGUCAGUCAGUCCUUGCUGAAGCUGUCUCACACAGGCCUGGCUCGGUUUAUGCCUUAAGCUCUUCAGUUCGAAUUCUAGUGCUCGGACUUGCUGUUUCAGGUGAACUUGUUCAUUGUAUUGUUUGUCUUUUCUUUUUAAGUCAUCCUUUUUUUUCAUAGACUAUAUCAGCAAUUUUUUUCUUUCCUGUUUCUUGUUUUAAUGUGAAUCUCACACUGCAGAGCUCUCGUACCCACUCCACAUUUUGACAUUCUGUGAAUUCAUUUCCCUUGUUUCCAACAGCUCUUUUUGUAGCCUGUUAACUUUAUUUUCCAUUUUUAAAAUUUUUUCUUCUAAGUAGUUCACAGUUGAUUUCUUUAGGUUCUGUUAAUCUUCUGAAUAAAUGAACUGCAUCCUUAAUUUUCAAUAAGUUAACAGUCUUUACACUCCAGGCCAAGUUGUUUGAUUAGCAACAGGAUAUUCUUAUACUUCGAGUAAAGCGACUCGCAAUCCUCGGAAGCUGUUUCCGGUGACAGAGUUAAGUCAUCAGGGUCAUCCACAGAACUAAUCUGCUCUUUGACCUUGUCCUUUUUAGUAGAUGUUUUCUUUUGAAGACCUGCCACGACCUUGAUCUCCUUCACUUAAACUGCUGUUGUCAUUCAUGUGUAGGAGACCACCAGCCAGUGAGGCAGUCUUCGCAAAUA